UCACGCUGUGCUGUGUUCUUAAAACUGUGUUAAUUGUGUUGCGUUAAUGUUAAACCAAAAUAAUUUUUAAAAAACCGUAGCAGAAGGAUCAACUCCAAAAUUGCUGCAGAGAAUUAUUUUCAACAGCCUGCUAUUCGACAACACUUACUAUAUCAGUUCAUGCUGGACGACACGGAUUUUAAAACAGUGGUCAAGGCAUAUGAGACGGAGGGGAGUUUAAAUAAAAUCAGUAGGAACUUACUGUCUCGUACAAUUCUGAAGAAGGAAAAGGAUAGGCAGUUCGAUCAGGUGUAUCGAGAGCAGAGAGUGACGUAUCUGCAUUCGUUUCGUGUCACCAAAAAUCAAUUUCAGAAUUGGGCGACACAGAUUAGUGAACUUUUUCUUGGAGAAAAUCCACGGGUCUAUUAUAGACCUCAUGUGAGCGUGAAUGGAAAAAAAAUACCACCAGGAGGUAUCUUGUACGAACACUGGGAUUACCUAAAGAGACGACUGAGAAGUAAGGGGUUAUUAUCACCUGCCAGACCCCCCCUAAAUGCAGUGGCUGUCCCUCGACCUCUACUUGAGAAUGCAAAUGAAGCAGUGCACUGGCUCCAGAGUCAUGACGGUCCACCUGAUGAAGUAAAAGAAAACUGGACAAUAUCGUAUGCUGCUCGCCAACAACGUCUUGCGGAAGGCUGUACUGUGCAUCAAUAUUACACGGAGUUUCCAUGUUUAAAAGUUGCAUUGGGAGCAGGAUUGCUUCAGGCUGAUUUUGAUACUUUGCAUCCUAAUCGAGCAAAUGAGUUAUUCGAUCGUUGGGAGACGAUCAGACCUCACAUUGCUACUUCAUUGCAACAGUGCAAUUAUCUCAGUGAUAAUGAUCAACUAUUGUUGACUAAUCUACCACAACUAUUGAUACACAAUCGCGAUGCUGUGAUUAUUUAUUUACUCCCAUACCUAAUACGCCCUGCAUCCAACAAUAGACAACUUCAAGGGGGGGGACGCCUAACUCACGAAGAGCGAAAAGAAUCAUUCAUCAUCCAUGUUCAGACUGCAGCUGAAAUAAUUCCUGCUUUGCAAAGACAGAGAGCAGCUCUUCAAGCAGCUGGAUUAUCAAUGCAGCCAAUGCCGGUUAUCGUGGGGCAAGUGGACAAUUUGCAAGCCACUUAUGUUUAUGUUCAUGAUUCGCUGGACAACCCAACAAUUUAUGCAGUGGACUCGAUUGUGCAUGCCAUUGACCUAAGUUUUAAGAUUUUUUUCGCUCUACAUUGUCGUUACCCAGCACGAGCACAUGCUGUAUGGUUGUUCCUUCAAAAAGGAUUAUAUAACAUUCACACUUCCCAUGAUUACCCAUGCCCUAGGUCUGUAGAAGUACUCCUUGGUCAAAUUGAAAUGUGGAUGGCGGAAGCUCAAUAGCCUCCUGCUCUUUUCUUGAGCUCGUUUAUUUGUUUCGGUUUUAUAUUCAUUUUACAAUGUUUACCUGCAGCAAAUGUCAUUUAAACAUGACCGAUCGGCAUGACUAUUUACGACAUAUAAAAAUUGGUCAUUUCGGGCUCACGAAAUUUCCCUGUGGGUUCCCAUCAUGUCAUCGGAUUUUGAGAUCUGUUGGAGCACUCAGAGCACAUAUCAGAUAUAAGCAUGAAAAUAAUAAACCAAUAGAUCUUCCCAAAAACAAAAGAAAAACGUGGAAACCCAAAUUAAAAAAUACACGUAAGGUAACACCCAAGAUUUUUCAUGUCACCAGUCCUUGUAAACCUUCAAACGCAGAUACCACGCGUGAAACUGAAAAUAUGAUAAUUUCCCCUGAAAAUUGCCUCGAAAGUUGCACUCCAUCAGUUAAUUCUCAGGCAGAAAUAUCGCAUGGCAUGAGAUUUGCUGCAAAGUUUUAUGAUUAUCCCGAUAUAGCCAGAAUACGUUCUAACGAAAUAAUUAAUGACACUUCAAAAUUAUUAAAUGAUUCACUAGGGGGACUGGAACAUGAUAUUUUAAAAGUUCUUGAGGAGGAUGGUGUGAAAAUGAAUACAAAAGAAAAAAUUAAAAAGUUAUGUACUGAGCGUCGUAAUGUUCUCGAUAAUUUUAAGACUGAAUAUUUAUGUUUGAACAGUUUUGAGAAACUUGGAACCUACAUUUCACCUCAAACAUAUCUUCUAGGAGAGAGGAAUGAUUAUGUCUCUCAAACAGGAUUGAGGAAACUCAAAAGAAUUCCUGUAACUGCUCAAGUUAUACCUCUUCGUAAAUCAUUGAAGAAAUUUCUAGAACAACCUCUAAUUUUGGAUGAAACUCUGAAUUACCUAAAUAUGUUGAGAGCUGAUAAUUGUAUCAUCAGUAAUUUCGUGCAAGGACAACUAUGGAGAGAACUGAGCAGUCAGGAUGGAGAUAGAAUAGUAUUACCGUUAAUUAUUUAUUCAGAUGAUUACGAAAAUAAUAACGUAUUGGGAUCCCAUAAAGGAAUUUCGAAGUGUUGUGCUGUGUAUGCAUAUAUUCCAUGUCUCCCCCCUCGAUUCGUGUCCAAACUUGAGAAUAUCCUAUUAUUCGUCCUAUUCAACACUUUAGAUCGAAAAUAUGUGAAUGACAAAGUAUUAAUGUCAGCAGUGGAGGAUGAAUUAAAAUUCCUCGAGCAAGUCGGUAUUGAGGUCGAAUGUAGAUCAGGGAAGCAGAUUAUAUUUUUCAGAUUAGCUCUUAUAACGGGAGAUAAUUUGGGUUUGCAUAGCUUACUGGGUUUUAGUCAGAGUUUCAACCACAAAAGAUUUUGUCGUUUCUGUCUGUGCCAUAAAAAUGAAAUCCAUAGAAUUACACACGAAAAUCAGGUUCAAUUACGAAAUAUAAAUAAUUACGAGGCUGAAUUGAAACAAAAUGAUUCGACUCUCACUGGGAUAAUCGCAAAAUGUCAAUUACAGAGCGUGGGGGGAUUUCAUCCCGUAAAAAAUUUAUAUGUAGACAAUACACAUGAUAUUCUGGAGGGUGUUUGUCGUUAUGAUCUAGCUCUCAUACUGAAUUAUUUUAUUAAAACGAAAAAAAUUUUUGAUUUGACCAAUUUGAACGAGCGUUUACGAGGUUUCAAUUAUGGUAGUGUAAAAAAUGUCCCAGCUGAAAUAACUUCAAUGCACCUUACAAACAAAGCAAUUAUAAUGUCAGCGAGCGAAAUGUUAACAUUAGUAAGAUACUUACCAUUAAUAAUUGCACAUAAAAUACCCGAAAAAGAUGAUGUUUGGCAAUUAUUAUUGUCACUCAAGGAAAUUAUCGACAUCGUCACCAGCUAUGAUGUUGACAAUGAUUGCUGGCAAGUUUUACAAGUAAAAAUCGAUGAAUAUUUACGAUUGCUAGGUCGGAUAUUUCCUCGUUGUUUUAAACCAAAGCAUCAUUUCUUGGUGCAUUAUCCUCAGGUGAUGUUCCUGUGUGGUCCUUUGGGAAAAAUAUCCACCAUAAGGUGUGAAGGAAAACACAGAGAAGGAAAAAUCACGUCGAAAACAUCGAUUAGUCGCGUCAAUGUUUGUAAAACCAUUGCUAUUAAACAUCAGCUAAGGUUUAAUUAUCGACUUAUCAACAAAUGUAUUCCUACAAAACUAGAGUAUGAAGAAAAUUCAAUUAGAGAGAUUGAAAUGAUUUGUACUCAUGGUUUCCACGACAUAAGGUCACUUUCAACUUUUUUUGAUAAACCACCUCAAACUAUAAUACCCACGGUAAAAAAAAUAAAAAUUGAAGAGUACGAGAUUCAGAAGCGCGAUAUUAUUGCGAUUGCUUAUGAAGAUGGUCUUCUAUUUUAUCAGGUUGAUACUAUUAUAAUCGACGAAACCGGGGAUGAUUGUAUAAUUAUAACAAAAUUGUUACAUAAUAUUUUUUUGGAUGAGUUUACUCAAGCAUACAAACUCGGAGGAAUGGAGUAUUCGUGGACAAUUUUACAUUCUAAGCAUGUGAAGGAAGCAUUCAUUACAAAACUAGUUCGCUCAGUUCACGGAAAAUAUAUACUAAAA